AUGAAAAAAAAGGCCUUAUUAUCUUUCAUUAUUCUAUCUCUGUUAAAUCGAUACGUUUUCGGUCUUGAUAUCGAUUAUACAAUUUUAAUUGGAGCAUCACAACAUGAAUGUUAUCAUCAAACGUUGGAGAAAGGAAAUACAUUAGAAUUUAUGUAUGACGUAUUCGCUGGUGGAGAUUAUGAUAUCAGUUUUUGGCUUUAUUCACCUGUCAAUCGUUUGAUGCAAUCAGAUUUUAAACAGAGAGAUGGUCAACACUCAUUGGUUUUAGUAGAAACGGGAGAUUAUCGUUUUUGUUUUGAUAAUUCUUUUUCGAGUUUUAGUCAAAAACAGGUUUAUUUUAGUAUAAGAUUAGUGAAUACUACUGAGGAAGAUGACGAAACAUGGAUGGAGGAUGUCCCAAAGGACGAUCUUGGCGAUUUACAAACGAGAACAGAAGAAUUUAAAGCUGUUUUUAUGAGACUAUGGGCUAAUAUGGAACAAAUACAACGGUAUCAACAAUCAUUUCGUAAUUUUGAAGGACAUGAUCGUGUUAUGGGCGAACAUAAUUUUGAACGUGUUAAUUUUUGGUCAAUGAUUCAUUUGGCAGUAUUAAUCAGUGUUGGUUUGAUUCAAGUAAUAAUGAUAAGAAGUCUUUUUGAAGAUCGCAGUCGUGUAGGCAAGAUUUUACGUGGCAACAAAUAA